UAACUGAGUUACCAUAGGCAGUGGUAUAGAAGAUGAUAUUCAGCCUUAAAUUCAUGGAUGUGUAUUCUCAAUGUUUUGGUCUCAAUAAAUCUAUUCAUUUUCUAUUCUAGUCAUAUUUAACCUAAUCAACCCUAAAUAAUUAUGAUAAUCAACUUUAGAGAUCUUUUGAUUAUUGUGUUGUUUAUGCAGCUAAUUACACAAUGUAGAACAUCUUUAAGUGAUCCAUAUAAGAUUCUUGGAGUUCAAAGGAAUGCACCAUCAAAUGAAAUUAAACGUGCCUAUAAGAAGCUUGUUCGUUUAUGGCAUCCAGAUAAAAACAAAGAUCCUGAUGCAGAGGAUAGGUUUGUUCAAAUUUCAAAGGCUUAUGAGCUGCUGAUGGAUCCUGAUAGAAGAGAAGAGUUCAAUCGUUUUGGGACCACUGAAGAUACGCCUAAUUUUAGACACAAACGAGAUUAUAGUGAUUUUAAAAGAUUUGAUUUCGAUCCUUUUGAGUCCAUUUUCUCUGGAGGGUCGAGUUCUUCUUCUUCAUACAAUUUUAAUUUCAACAAUAACCAAGCUUUCAUUUUCCAUCGUCAAACCAUUUCUGCAAAAGCUUAUCAGAAUAAAAUUCUUCCUGCCAGUAUAACAUCGCCACAACUAAUUUUAUUUUACGGAGAUCUAUGUUUUCCUUGCUUCAAUGUUGAACCAGUAUGGCAUAAAAUUGUUUUAGAACUGGAACCUCUUGGUGUUGGUUUUGCCACAAUUCACAGUAAACAUGAGAGCGUUUUAGCGCGUAAAAUUGGAAUUGACGACCUUCCCUAUAUCAUUGGCAUUGUUGAUGGAGUUGUUAGACAUUAUAAAGACAAUCAAUUAAGUUUGUUGAGGAUAAUUGAAUUUAUCCGCAAGAUUUUACCAAGACAUUUGAUUACACAAGUUAAUGACGACAAUUAUGAAAGUUUUCUUUCUGGAUGGUCUGAUAAUCGAGUUAGAGUGUUAUUUGUUAACAACGACAAGCUCAUUAAGCUUCGUUACCUAUUGACUGCCUUCUCCUUUAGAGAAAGAGUCGUUUGUGGUCAUGUCUCCAUAAAAGAAAAAGAUAGCCUGAAACUUAUCCAAAGAUAUGGAGUAGACACCAAAAUGGACUCAAUGCUGAUUUUCAAUGAAGAUAUGAAUAGACCAAUUGCUACUUUAGCCGCAUCAGAAUUGUUACCUCAAAUCAUCAAAGAUGUGUUACAUGCCAAUAAGUAUCUUCUCCUACCAAGACUCACAUCUCAGGUCAUGUUUGAUCAAAUCUGUCCUCCUGAUGCACCUCGAAGUCGUCGGCGGUUGUGUGUGAUGUUAGUCACUAAUAACAUUCCGUCACAAGAAUCUGAAAAAGAAGCUAUGAGAAGAUUUAUCUUGGAGAAUGAGUUCAGUGAAGAUAAAUUUAGAUUCAUGUACAUUUACCAGGAGAAACAAAUGGAUUUCAUUAAUUCAUUAUCUAUUGGCAGUGGAUCACCUUCAGAUCUUACCUCUCAUGUAGUUGUUGUCUGGAGACGUGAACAUGACAGAUUACUGUAUGAAUGGCUACCUGAUAUUUGGGAUGUUUCUGAUUCUGAAAGAUUGAAUAGAAGCAAAGCAGAACUGUAUGAUCUGCUUAAUAAAUUGAGUAAAACAACACAAACCAUGACCAAUAAUGCCAAAAUGGUGAAUCUAAUUGACGAACACGCAAGUGGUCUAUUAGGUCGUAUACUUAAACGUAUUCUGGUUUUAACUGAUGGACUUGGAGAUAGCAUUUCACAGAAAGAAGUUCUUCCAAUUCUAUCGGCAGUUGCAACAUUCGUUUUCAUUGGAAUAUUUGGUUAUAUUUUACAAUAUCUUGUCAAACUGGAAGAGAAGAACAUCAGGGAACAAUACCGUAGACUGGGUAGAACUCCGCCUGGAAGUAAUCCAAGAAAUGAACAUAAACUUAGUAUUCAUGAGCUCAGAGGAGAAACCUACAAUGGACUGAUUCGACUGCUGAAACCCGGUUGCCGGACGCUUGUUUUACUCUGUGAUACCAGAACAAAAUCAAAACUCUUACCCAAAUUUUAUCGCUGUGUUCAUCCUUACAGAAAAAACAAAACAUUGAUGUUCGCAUACCUUUUAAUUGAAAAAAAUAUUGAAUGGUACAAGAAAAUCCUACAACAAAGCCUUGGAGACCAUAGAGAGCUUAAUAUUAAUCCAAAAAACUGUAUUGGCACCGUAUUAUCAAUCAACGGUUUCAAAAGAUAUUUUUGUGUUUACCAUGUCAAGCAUUCUGAGCAUAGAAGAGCUGAACAUCAAGACUUUUUAGGAUUUGAAGAUGAAGAAGAAGACAUUGAGGCUGGAAAUUUGAUUGCACAGCGUUCCGAUGAAAACUCAGUAGAAACCCAAGAAUUUGUUUUUGAAAACAACCUUCUAGACGCUUUACCUCAAUGGCUGGAAAAAUUGUUUGAAGGAACAACUCAUCGUUAUUUCAUUCAGUAUUGGCCAGAUAAUAUGAAAUAAGUUUAUUUUAAUUUCUCUUUUUUGAGGAAGAAUCAAAACCAUUACAAAGAAAGUUCAAUUUAAAUGAAACUUAUUUAUUCCAAAGUUUCAUGGACGACCUUUCAAAACUUGAACGGGCAUCUUGAUUCACAUCCUUGUAUAUCUAGUCAAGGAGAACAGUGCAAAUUUAAAUCGCACCUCGAGAUUUUUUCAUAUCUCUAUUGAAUCUCAUAUAUCACUUAAUCAUCCAAAGAGAUAUUCAGUUUAGUUCAUGCCUACUUACUGAAAAAAGAUCGCCUUUUUGGGACCGUUUCAUUCUCGAGUCUCAUUUGAUGUUAUGAAUGAUUUUUAAACUCAGUUGAUUUUUAAUUUCUCGACAACCAAAAGUCUUGCUAUGAAAUUUAAUACGACCCAAUCUGACGGAGAAACUUGACUGCUUAUCAUCAACUGAAUACUCUCAUCAAAAUCAAUGAUAUUCAACGAAGUUUUCAUGUUGCGCAUUUCCUGACGAUUAUUUCUUUUUUUUAACAUCAACGCUACCUACGGACUCGAUGAUGAGUUUUUAUUACUCAUUUUUUUCUUAAAUCACUACUUUAUUCUUUCUUUCACUUCAUCUCAUGAUGAUCUCAAGUCAAUAUUGUAAAAACAUACCUUGUAAAAAAUAUAACUAAUGUAAAAAUGAACAAAUUGACAGUCAAUUUUUGACGAACAAUUAGACAAAAUUUUAUUCAUUGUGGCUCAAUUCCAAUUGAUUUUUUUGUUCAAUCAUCGACAAUGGUUUUGAUCCAAUUAAUUAAACAAAUGUGUUCACACUUUCUCUGCCUUCUAAA